AUGAGCGACGAAGAAGCCCAAUCGGAUUAUUCUCCGGAGGCUAACUUAAACGGCCCGGAAACCUCUGAGGAGAAGUCAAACUUGCACGAUGGGUCUGAUAGUGAGCACUCGAAUCAGGAAUCCAACGUAUCCAACGUCGCCGAAGAUGACGGAGCAAGUGAACGUCACAAGGAAGAAAACGAGGACGUGCAGACGGCAAAAGAGCCCGAUGCACCAGAACAGCUGUCCGUAAACUCACCCGAGGAAGAUGAGUACAACCCGGAGUUGAUAGAUGAGGAAGACGCAAAGGAGCUUAGCACUCCGCUCGAAACUGCUCUUCCUGAGGACACCGAAAAACAAAUUUUCGAGCCAGUUGUGACAGCAGAGUCGACGGAAGACACUCAACCAGAAGACAAAGCAAGUGACGAAGAAAAGCAAGACCAAGUUGAAGAAGCGGAAACGAAGACGGAGAACUCACCGGCAGACGCUACACCGGAUUCGCCGCCAACUUCGGCAAAUGGCGAAGACGUGGACGUUCCCCUGUUUAACGAUGUGAUCAAAUUUUUCUUGAACAGUUCGUUGCUUAAUGAUGCUGGAUUCCAACAACUGACUCCUGCAGAGAAAGAGCGGAGAUUACUUGCUGAGUACAACAAAGCCAACAAUUCGCAUGUGAAUGUUCGAGUGAAUUUUGGAGCGACAACGUCUUAUAACAAACCCCAGAUGAGACCUGGAGAGACAUUCCAGGUGCUGGUGCCUAUCAAUCCGUUUUGUCUAAGACCUGACAUCACUCAGCCAAUGUCCUCGGAAGAGCGGUCAAGCUACGAACAAUAUUUGCGCGAUGAAGAUACAGCCUUGAGCAGUGGUAAGUGGGAUAAUUUUCCUAUUGGGUCGCGGUUGUUCAUUGGAAAUCUUGCUGUUAAUACGUUAAGCAAAGAGGAUGUCUACAGAAUUUUCCACCCCUAUGGAGAAGUGAAACAAGUCAAUCUCAAACAAGGGUUCGGCUUUGUGCAAUUCGCCAAGGCGGAAGAGUGUUCACGGGCCAUCGAAGGAGAAAAAAAUGUUCCACUCCAUAACAGAUUCAUGCACUUGCAGGUUUCGAAACACCAGAUCCAACGAGCAAUGGAGCAGCAAGGAAAGAAUACCGGCUCCAAGAGUAACAGGGGGAGAUCUAGAUCUCCAGAUGGCGGUCACAACAAAAAUCGGUCUAGGUCUCCGAUCAACGAAACGGAAGUCAAGGUCAUCACUUCAAACGAUUCCACGCCUGAGUUGAAUAACAAAAUAUUGAAAAGACUCAAACAGGAUGGACUAUCUUUGGAAACUGAACACUUCGAUUUGCCCGUCUCGGAAGUUCCGCAAGAAGCAAGCACGUCUGCCGCAUAUAAGGGCGUCCUUGCUGUCGUAAUCCCUCAUCACGAUAAGCUGGACAUGAUGAUCUACGAAAAAACUUCCGACGGUGGCAUUAGAUUCGAUGAGUACGCCGAAAUCUCCAUAAACGAGGCUAUCGAGCUAAUUUUAAGUGCCAAAGCGAAGCGUUUUGCUUCCACCUCGCGGGAGCAUCAAUCAAGAGGCCGCUCGAGACAAAACAAUGGUGGCCAAAACCGCCAAUCAAAAACAAGCAACCAAGCUCUGUACAGCUCGCGCAACGGUAAACAACAACAUCAACAAAACUCUGGAGCUGGAAGGUAUGGCAAUUCCAGACACAACCACCAGUAUCCUACAGCGUAUGCCACUGGCAGUAAUGCACAACCUUUUGUGCCCCGCCCAGGGUACGGCACGCCUACUCCUCCACCUGCACCGUAUGGGAUAUCGAGUAAUGUGGGAUUCGCUCCUUCCUAUCCAGGUUAUCAGCAGCAAUUGUAUCAGCAGAUGGGUAUGCCACAAGUUCCUCCACCUCAGCAACAAGGAAACCAAGCACAACUAUUACAAACCAUGCAAAAUAUGGACCCUACAACCCUGCAAAAUGUCUUGUCCUUGAUGCAGCAGAUGCAAACUCAACAACCUGUAAGUAACCAACAAACCUCGAUGCCGCAAGGAAACGCUUUAUCCGGCCUCUUGAAUCAGUUGCAGAACUCUGCACCGGGUAACGCCCCACCUGCACCAUCAUACUCUGGCUCGCUAAACCAGCCUUCUCAGCCUAGUAAUUCCAACAAUUCCGGUGGUUCGAGCAACAAUAAUCAGGAUCAGACUAACGACUUGUUUGAAACCUUGGCCAGACUGAAGAAUAAUAUGUGA